AUGUCUUUUGAAGGUGCACCACCAGCACCAGCACAUGCACACGCAACCUCGUCCAACUGGGCAAGCACGCAUAUAUCCCUCGAACCCAUUCCCUGGGGUCCUCUGUCCCGAGACAGAUCCUCCAUCUUGCGUGAUGCGCCUCGCUUGAGGGAUGUCGCGUCUGCAGCGCAGGAGACCGAUGAGCUUUUGCGGGGUGGGCAAGAUGAGGAGGAGGAAGAGGGGGCAGGGGAGGAUGGAGCGUUGCUGAGAGACACGAGCGCGGCACAGGCGGCUGUGCAGAGGGAUGGGCUGAUUUGGGAUUUGUAAGUGGACAGUGCCUAGAAGCAAAGUCCGGCCUUGUUUCAUCUUGCGCGCUCAAGACCCGCAACCUCCCCCCCUCGCACCCCCACACACACACACACACUUUCUCUCUCCUUUGACGCGCCCUUGCUAAACAGCUCGUCCCACCAAGCACCACUGUCGGACCGGGUCGCUCAAUUGUGGGCCGCCAGAGGAGCCUUUGAUAAGUUGGAUGUGGGAGAGCUAAGGAAGAAAGUGCACAAGCAGGAUAAGCGCAAACGGAGAAGACUACUCAGGGCUGCUCAAAAGGCGGGAAAUACAGUGGUGGAUGAGGACGAUGAUGGUGAUGAAGACGACGAGAAGUCGAAGCAGGAGAAAGACUGGGGAAUCCCGCCGGAGCAAGAGGAUGAGAAGGAGGGAGAUGGACUUUUACAUUCACGUACAGAUGAAGAUCAGAAGGAUCACGCUGCUGGAACUGCACAGAGCAAAGAAAGACAGCAGAAAACGUUAGAUCCGCAGCAAGUGCAGAACCUCAAGGGUCCAAUGUUGGCGGAGCUCAAGUGAGUCUGAUCGAGUCUAAUCUGCACGACGUGCCGAUCCAUUGGCACCUCUUCUGAAGCUUUCGCUUACCCGCACACGUCAUCCGUUGCACGCCACCCACACACACCCUCGCUCGCUCGCUCGCUCUUCAAAACCUCGCUUGCGUCGCACUACCAAAAAGUUACGCACAAGAAUCAAUUUAUUCUGCCCACUGCGCAGUUUCUUUAAUCCUCCUCUCUCGGCCCACGCAAAUUUCUUCCGGCUCUUCCUCGACAGGCCUCGGUCGUCAAGGCUCCGAAAGGGGUACACCUCUGCCCAGGGAAAGGGAAGGGACUGCCACUUCCACGCGAGCUGGCGCAGGUGCAGGAGCGGCAGCAGCAGCAGCAGCAGCGGGAUGGGCUGGCAGAGGUGUUUCUGCGGCUCAACCGGGCACCGCGAUGGCUCUGUUCGAAGAGACGGGACUUGAGGCGGAACACGUAUCUGUUGAGCUGCUUGGAUCUUUCCAACCUGAUGCUUCUGCACAGGCCGAGGACGCAUCGGAAGGCUCCGUUUAUAGCUCCUCGGACGAGGGAGCUGAGAGAAGUGGUCAGAACAAGGACAGAAAAGGCGUCCUUGGCAAGAAGAAGGAGAGAGGCGCAGAAGAGCAGGAAGGUGAAGAGGCGGAUAGUUUGUAUUCAGCCAAGAGGAACGCGAGAUAUCUUCGCGAAAACGAUGACAAGCUUUCAAAGGAGCAGAUGGAAGAUCGAACGAAAUCUCUAGUCAUUUCUGCGCAAGCUGCUCGAGAUGGGAUAUUGGGCGCCAUUGGGGUUUUGCGACGAGGAGCACGAGAAUUGGAUCAAGUGUGCGCUCAAAAAGCAUCGCCGACGUCAGGAUCCACUCUAACCAAAGGCCUGGGCGAGGGAUCAAAUGUGCGAGAAGAAGGUUCAGGAGCUACGUAUGCUGAUCGACGUGGAACACUGAGCGCUGCAGAGAGGGAAGCGAACAGAUGGGAAUGCUUGGCGAGGGUUAAGAGCUGCGAUUGGACCUUGAGCGGAGUGGCCAAUGCGGAUCUGGAUGUGGUGCUGCAAGAUGAAGAAGAGGCACCUGAAAGGGAGGGGCGCGCAGCCCUUACCACUCUGAUUGAAGCCGACAGGAACAAGGGAGCUAGGGAUGCGUGGAUCGGCUGGGCUAUCACUGAAGGUGAGUGCUUCCCACUCUUUCGUCUUUCUUUGCCUCGCCGUGAGCGUGGAGAAAUCGCAUGCCACGACAUGACGGGUUGCUUCGACCGUUGCGACGCGGGAAUGAAACGACUGACGAGAUCGUUUUGGUACAUACUCUUUCUCUUCAACCACCGCCUCGCGUACUCAUGCUGUUUUACUGAAUCACUGGAACUUUCGACUCGACCCUGACGCACGACAUGCAGCUCAUGCGGACUACAAACAGCGCUCGCUCGCAAGGGUUCAUUCUGCCGAAGUGUGGAGCCCAUCCGCUGAAGCUGCCGCGUCCGACGCGCAGCGCAAAGAGGAAAUGAGCGAGAAGCUGGAGCAAAAGGAAGAGAGUGAGGGACGCGUGCCUGCUCCAGUGUCCUUUGUCUAUCGUCCGAACAAACGCUUGCAAGUCAGCUUUGAGCUAAGCUGCACUGGUGGUAGUCUGCCCGAACAGCUCGAGGCUCGACGUCGCGAUGCUGAUGGGCAGGAGAAAGUGCGGAACAUGCAUGUGGACGGACAUGGGAAAAGAAGAACGCUCUUCGUCUCUUCUGAUGCGAACGUGCCUGCUCGGUGGCAGAGGUCGAAGGCUGGAGAUGAAGCGAGCAUGACGAGACGAGAAUUGAACGAGGCUCAGCUUGAGCUUGCUGAUGAGGAGCUAUUUGGCAAUGUGAGUGCACACUGCGGAUGGUCGAGCUUGCGCUGCGUUACCUCUUCACCAUUGCUCGUACGGCGCGCCGUGCAUCCUGUCCCUUGCUGACUCUUGUCGAAUGCUCGGCCGGUCUACUGGGCGCGUCGCGACGCCUUAGCUCGUCAGCGAAGCUCGCGCACUUUCGAAUAGGGGAGAAGCGCACGUCAAGAUCACUACUUCUUCAUUGACGAUAUUUGUGAGCAAUCAAGUCAGCAUGCUCAUCGAGCUAGUGAGUUUGCGAGGACGCUUCAAUCAAGCUCCUUUUCCUUCUUUUGUAGCCCACGUCCGAGAUCGUCUUGCUCAGACUUUGAUGAUCGCAAUGCUCCUCCUCAGAUACCCACGCGAUCUCCACAAUCAUUCGACAAGCCCACUUCACCGACAAUGAAAGAUGAUGCGGCUCCGAAGGGCGACGAAGUGCAGAAUAUUGAACGUGUCGCUUCCGCCAUGCCCGAUGCGAUCCUCGGCUUCUUGCGUUUGGGCCUGGUAGGCAGGUACAAGGACAGAGCCUGCGGCUCAUCAGCCUUUGGCUCACGUCGGGCUUCGCAAGGCAAGAUUGAGAUGCUGCACCCCUUGCUGAGUGUACUAAGGCUUCUCAAGGUGAGUUCGCGUGCAGUAUUGUCGCGCUCCCAUGUUCCCCUUGUCGCAACGGCAUUGGACCUGACAACUCUUGUCAUUUGCCCAUUCCUUUUUUGUGCUGUCUUUGCCUUCUUUUCCCGUCUGUCUUUAUUCCUCUGGCUGUUGUGCGAAACUUGGUCCAGCUUCGAAGUGGUGUAUUUGAACGCGUACAGACUCUGAUGGAGAGUUUCGAAAGUCGAACGGCGAAAAGUGGUCGCGUACGAUUGGAACAGAGCGCGGUCACGUUCAAAUCUUUUGGGAAGAAGACUAGUAAACUGGCACGGGCUGAACGAGCAGAGGGGAGCGAAGAGGGUGGAUGGGUUUCGAGAGUGUUUGGCGGAAGAGCGCUGGGUGCUUUCACGAGCUUACAGAGUCACUUGGCACUGCACGUCGAUGAUGAGUGAGUUUGAUAUGUGCCAGAACUUGGAAAGGGCCUCUGCUUGGCCCCCCCGCUUUUUUACUUUUGGCCACUUUGAGAGCUGAACAACUCUUGCCACCGCUUGUCGAUUCUUGAACUCGACUAUAGAAUGGUCGCAGUCGUAUCGACAUCAUUCCCGAGCAACAUCACUUUGCACCUCCAAUUUCCACCCGCUCCGACGCAUCUACAGGCCGCUGCAGCUUCGAACAAGUCGGCCCAUGAUCCAAAGGACGACGAGAGGCCUGAAAGCGCGGCGCAGAGACUGGACAAGGCUUGCGAUCAGGCUGGAACAUGCAUCGACGCGCUCGGACUCGACACGGCUCUGGAAUUACUUGAGCAUGAAGUUUCUCGCAGAUUGCGAAUUCGAGAUUGA